AAAGCCAUAACGGUGGAACCAACUGGAGGUAUCGGAAGUUGGAUAUGCCUAUGUUUGAUGGAGAAAACCUUGAUGGGUGGAUCUUGAGAACGAAUACUUUACCUUCUAUAAACUAUCAGAGAGUGACAAGAUGGAGGCGAAAGUGGUGGCUCUUGAAGGCGACGCCCUCUUAUGGUUUCAAUGAGAGCAAGGUAGAAGACCAGUCACGCGAUGGAACCAAUUGAGUUCGCUCCUCCUUCGACAGUUUCGACCGAUUCAGCAGGUACGCUCUACCAACAAUAGUUAGCCCUAAGUCAAACCGGUUCGAUCCAUGAAUACUAGCAUUCGUUUAUCGAACUACUUUACCUGCUUAGAAACAUUCCGGAUGACGUGAUAAUAGGCCAAUUUGUUAAUGGACUCAAGGAAGAUAUUAGGUCGGAGGUCCAGUUGUUUGAGCCCCGAUCCAUUGAUCAUGCGAUGUCAAUAGCCAUCAAGGUCGAAGGAAAACUUUGUCCUCGCACCCAUCGGAAACCAAAUCUUCCCCCUGCUUCUGCCCAGAAAACGACGCCCCUCAUCACACCCAUCAAAACCACAUUCUACUCAUCAAAAGGCCUUAGCAGUCCAUCCCAGAACCGAUCCACUGAAAUUCGAAGACUCACGGAUCAGAAACUUCAAAAAACGAGCGAAAAGAGAAUUUGUUAUCGUCCUCAGGCCCAUCGGAAACCAAAUCUCCCCCUGUUUCUGGCCAGAAAACGACGCCCCUCAUCACACCCAUCAAAACCACCUUCUACUCAUCAAAAGGCCUUAGUAGUCCAUCCUAGAACCGACCCACUGAAAUUCGAAGACUCACAAAUCAGGAGCUUCAAAACACGAGGGAAAAGAGAAUUUGUUAUCGUUGUGAUGACAAAUAGAACCCUGGUCACCGCUACAAGAAGAAGGAAUUGAGUGUGUUGAUAAUCCAUGAAGAUGAGACUCAAGAAGUCGAAUCCCAGCCUGGAAAAUGAACCGAAGUUAGAGACUCCAGAAAACACUAUCCUUUUAGGGAUCUGUUUGAAUUCGGUAAAUGGGACAACCAACCCAAAAACUCUCAAACUGAAAGGGGAAAUGGCAGGAGCUGAAGUAAUGGUACUCAUUGACCCAGGCGCCACCCACAACUUCUUAUCCCUCUCUACUCUAAUUUCACCCACCGUUGGGUUUAGAGUGCCACUGGGCACGGGUGAAAAUGUCACUGGUAGUGGAAAAUGCAAAGGGGUGUCGUGACAUGUCCAAGGGAAAAUGUCACCGGUUGUGAACAAGCAUUAGCUUCCACUUGGUGCUUGAACAUGACAUAGCAAAAGCUUUGUCACUACUUUGUUUCUUCUAAUGCUAUACAUCUGUACCUCCACUUCUGUCAAACCGGAGAUGUGACUUUCACCGCCAAUUUAUCUCUUCACCUAGAACUUGUUUUCCCAACACAUACAGCUUUCAAUCCACUUUUGAUAUCACCGAUAUCCUCUUCUUAUUUUUCCCUUUACACAUAUGCAAUGAAAGAUAAUAGAGAAUAUUGCCCAUACGACCACUGUUCCUCUCUAAUCGAUCAAUCGAUGGCUUAUGUUUUACAUUCGACACUUCAUAGUAUAAUACCGCUAUCCCUCGUUCAUCUUCCUGAAGGCCAAAUUGAUUUGUGCUAUGGAAGUGGUUCACCUGAUGGCAAUGGUUAUCUACCAUAUUGUGGUCUGUGGUGGUGAACCUACCCCACCUCUAAUAGAUGAAGCAACCCAAAAAAAAUUCCCACCACAUUGUGGUUAGCGGUGGUCAGUGGUGCAUCUUCCCUCUCGACCUACGCUUCUUUCACCACCAUCGUCCGAUUAUGUGAACCUAGGAAUUGACGGAGACCGAAGAAACUAUGGAUCAAUCGGUACAAAUCAAUUUAAAGGUUAAGGGUCUGAAAUUUCAUCUGAGGAAGUUCGUGGACGUUUGAUUAGUCAGCCAUUUGCAAUUUUGGGAGAAGGAAAAGCAGCGACAUAGUUGAAUUUUGAUUCUCAGCCAUGGUGUGGCGGGACAUUAAUUUCCAACUUUCUCUCUUCUCUUCGUCUUUUCAUAAUUACAUUUUAUUUUCUUUUUUCUUUCCAUUUCAACUGGCAUGCACAUCAGAUGUUAGCCUGACAUAGAAUUGCACUUUGGCAGCUCAAGUCUUGGUAAUUAGUCUUCUCAGUUUACACUAUUUCUCUGUUUUUUCUUAAAAUUUGUUCUUUCCAGUAAUCUGUCUUACGCGGUUUGUUUGUGACAAAAUUUGUUCUUGAUCAUGAACGAGUGGUAAAGAAAGAAGUCAAAUGGGUAACGGUAUACUUCCAGUGAGAGACUCUUUGCUUCUUUCUAUUUUAUGGUUUUUUACCAAAAGAUGUGUCAAUAAAACUGUUAUGGGAUGUAUACUUCCCUUCCUUUUCUUUGGGUUUCCUGAAGUUCCUCUUAAUUAAGAGUUGGUCACUAUUUGUUAUACUUACAAAAGUCAACCUCAUUGCCUUUGAUUCUUAUUGUGGUGCCUUGGUUUUCUGUAAAAGGGGUUGGAGCCUGAAAAACCCAUUAUUGGGGUAAAGUAGCCAAUUCAUGCCUUUAUAGACACAUGUCACGACUAAAAGAUGAACUCGGAUAUUCACUUGGCAUUGGUACACUUAUUUCGGAUGUUCAUUCUUUACCUUAUUAGAGAUCAUCGAUAACUUAAAGGGUGUGUCCGUCUCGGUGGAUAGAAUUUUUUUUUUCCGUUCUUUGCAUUCUAGAAAAUUUAGAAUUCAAUAUCUAGAUGAUAGAUUAACUGAUUAAGAAUCGUGUUGCUAUUUGUUUCUGUUUCAUGCCUGGGAAAUCGGAUGCAGACAUUUUCAUUUAAUGAUGGUUUGAAAGCAAUUAACCACUGGAUGAAAGCAUCUUUGACAUAAAUUUAGCUUCUGCUUGAAUUCCAUUUUGCCUUUUUUUUGAACGGCUGAAAUUCCAUUUUGUAUAAAUUUGAAUAUGUUCGGUUUACUAUAGUUGUUGUAUAAGAAAUCACGAUGGGGACUUAACUUCUUGAUAAACUUGCUGCCUUACUCUUUGAGAGCAUGACCCCUUCAUCUUGAGCACUAUUCGUACCUAUUUAUAAGCAAAUUUAUACAUUUUUGUUCUGUUUAAAGCUCCUAACACCUUACAUAUGUGUCGUUUUUUAACAUCAGUUUUGGUACCUUUCAAAUUCUAUAUUUGGCAUAUCUUUUUAGACUCUACAAUAAAAGUGUUAUUGUUCUCGCACUUUUCCUGAAAGCAAAACAAUCUUAUCACUUAUCAGAUUUUCAUUUAGAUUUAUUACUGCAAAUUUAGAGUAAACAGUUUAGGGUAAUUCACAAAAAUUGAUCAUGAUUUCAAUUUUGAGAUUAUUUAGGAAAAAAUAAUCAGUAAACACCUUGUAUGUGACUUUAAGCACCUAUUGAUUAUUUGAUUUUAAUUCUUCAACUUGUAUUGUAGUAACCACUUUGAAAACGCCGAUCAAGACACUCCUUUAGAACUUUAAAAGAUCCCCUUUGAGACUCGAAAAUAAUACUAGUACUUAACUGCCACACAUUUGGAGCAGUCUUUACUAUUUUUAUUUUAACUUAAUUCGUUUGGGGUAUGGCCAUAUUCGUAAAAUGGUUAGGGAAUUUAUGCUAUUUGCUACUUGCUAAGAUGGAGGGGUACUAAUGCAUUACAUGUUCAGGGGUAAAUAUGGAAUUUCCUCAAGCUUACACCCCAAGUAAAGGAAGAUGAAUUUAAGAUACCAACUGAAUGGAAAACAUUACCUACUAAAGAUAAUAAUAUAAUGCACAAGGAAGGCACCAUUUUAAGAAUUUUGACAGGGCGUGUGAUUUGAGUGAUAAUAGAUCAUAUGUUGAAAGAAAUGAUGGUGUUACUUUUGUUAAUUGUCAUGCAACAAAAAUACGUUGGGUAAACUAAUACGUAACUUUUUAGAAGCAUUUGCUCAAGUUCAAGAGAUGCUUGUUAGUGUGGAUGUCUUUGCUCCUAAAAUUUAUUUUCCACCAAAUGUUCACUUCUCCCACCAGGUCGCUCUUAAAAAUAAAUAAGUUUGAUCAAUACUUUUUUUAAAAAUACUUAUGUGUCAACCUUUGAUUUGAAUGAAGACACCAUAUUAACGAGGAAGUUUGGGGAGGAAAUUGGAAUUCCACUAUUCCAGCAAUUCACGACGUAAAGGUGAAAAGUAUAUAUAGAUGAUAAUUUUAGGGUUUCUAUUUUCGAAUUGACUUCUCACAAAAGCUUCGUGUUCGUCCGUCGAUACUCGAUUGCCUGUCCGUCUUCACCGAAUCACCGUCUCCGGUCGUCUUCCUCGUCUCCGUCUGCCGAGUGCUGACUGCCGACCUGUUUUCCCGGUUAAUUAAAACCCCAUUUCCCCUCUCUGAAGUUUCAAUCGUCUCAAUCUUUCUUCCAUUUCAGUGAUUAUCGAUUUCUGGUACAACUGAGUAACUGAGACUACAUUUUGCCUUUGUCGAUUAGAUUCCACUGAGUUUGGGUUUGAUUACAUUUUGUCUUUAUCAUAUGAAUGUUUGGCAUUUCCGCUCCCGUUUGGUCCCGUUCACACCCCUAGGAGGGAAUGUCAAAGGGGUUUUGGGACUAGGGACCGGGGCCUGGGGGGGUGUUUUGAUUUUGAACCUUUUGGGUUCCUCAUUCUGGAAGCCUAUUUGAAUCAAUUCUCUUUACACGAUCGGAUUCGAAAUUAUUUGAAUAUCAGGCACACUUUCAGAUUUCGGAUUUGGUGUUUGAUUUAAGAUGAAUGUUAACGAUCUUCACAAGGUUUGGGAAAUCAGAACGUUGAAGAGGAAGGUUGGCGGAGAUGAGGCUAAGAGAUUCCUUGAGAAAAUCGCCAAACAGGUCCAACCCAUCAUGCACAAGCAUAAAUGGAGGGUUAAGGUUCUAUCCGAGAUGUGUCCAAAAAACCCACAACUUCUGGGUUUGAACGUGGGACAUGGCCUUCAUGUGAAGCUGAGACUUCGAAAGCCAAACACGGAUUGGGAUUUUUACCCUUUUGAUCAUGUUCUUGAUACAAUGCUACAUGAGCUGUGUCAUAAUGCCAUUGGCCCUCAUAAUGCCGGGUUCUACAAACUCUGGGAUGAGCUUAGAAAGGAAUGUGAGGAGCUGAUGAGUAAGGGAAUAUCAGGUUCUGGAGAUGGGUUUGAUCUUCCAGGUAGACGCUUAGGUGGCUUCUCUCAUCAACCUCCUCUCUCAUCUCUCAGGCGGACUGCACUUGCUGCUGCAGAAAACAGAGCACGCCAGGGACCAUCAGGUCCUAAACGUGUUGGUGGUGAUAAAUCUAUUAUGUCUGCCCUAACACCUACACAAGCUGCUGCAAUGGCUGCAGAAAGGAGAUUGCAAGAUGAUAUAUGGUGUGGUCUAGAGGAAAUAGUUGAGGAGGAAGAAAGUAGAGCACAGGUGCAACAUGCACAGAAUGUAACCUCUUCUUCUAGUGACAAGACUAAUCAGAAAAGAGGUCCUCAUUCAGAAUCAUGCUUUGUUGAUUUGACAUCAUCACCUACAAGUAAUAAACGAAGUCGCCAUGAGUUUGAUGAUCUUGAGAGAACUUGUAUUGAUUUAACAAGCAGUGCCUCAGCCUCUACAGGAGGAUGUGAUAAUGAUAUCCAUGAGUCAUCCUCUGGGUGGGAGUGCAUGAUGUGCACAUUGUUGAAUCCGGUUUUGGCUCCGGUGUGUGAGCUCUGUGGAACCCACAAACCAAAAUCUGUUGAAGACAAGUAUAAGACAUGGUCAUGUAAAUUUUGUACGCUGGAAAACAAUGUGAAGCUAGAGAAAUGUGGGGCAUGUGGGCAGUGGAGAUAUUCUUAUGGCCAACCCAUAGCAACCCCAUCACCAAAUGUGGGUACUUAAAACAAACAAACGUACACAAAUUUAGAAUUGUUUUUCUAAUGUUUUGACAAGCAAUGGACUUGAAGAAUAUGAUGUUUUAAUUUGUUUUGUUCAGAACAUGUAAAGAGAACAAGCAUCCAUCUCUUGAUGUUAAUUUCAUUUUGAUGUUUCGUAUUUUA